AGCUCACCGACCUGUCAUUUACAAUACUAGAUUAAAACCAAUCUCGCCACCAGUCGAAGGGAAAAGUAGGACAGCGCGAAAGACAUCGGUUUACUUAUUCAAAAAGAAAAAAACAGUGCACAUCUGUAGCUUCACUUAGUAAGAUACGCGUCCGCAAAGAAAUCGGCCACGACUGUAAACGCUAGAACGUUGCUCCCGGAAUAACGAUCUCGACAACUAGGUGCAUAGAAGGCUGGGCCAAGCACCAAACUGGCUUCAUCAUUACUGGGACCGAGAACGACUCGCCGCAAGAAGCUGGAGGAGGACGACCACGCACCCGUUUUCAUAUCGACGAAAGCGAGACAAACAACAGCGGAAAAAAAGGAACCGGGCGACAUCUACAGAUAAAAGUAAAUGUCCCCGAUGCCUCCGGGAGCGGACGACGAGUAUGACUAUCUGUACAAGGUCGUAUUAGUCGGAGAUGCCACCGUCGGGAAGACGCACCUCCUUUCCCGCUACAUCAAGGGCACACUGCCAAAGACACCAACCGCAACGAUCGGGGUGGAAUUCGCAACGCGGACCGUACCAUUAGCGGUCGGGGGCACGGUGAAAGCGCAGAUAUGGGUAUAAGGGCAUACUAUCGGUGUUUUUUUUAGACAAGCGGUGCAUGAUUCAGUUUCAUCAAUAGCUAAUUGAUGCAGUGAUUUCUGUGUAUAGUUCUACGUAACAUUCGGAAAAUCACUGCCUCAUCAGGACACCGCCGGACAAGAGAGGUACCGCGCCAUCACCUCUGCACAUUACCGUCGAGCGGUCGGCGCUCUGCUAGUGUACGAUGUGACUAAGCAGGCAACUUUUCAAAAUUGCACAAGAUGGAUGGAAGAGCUGCGAUCAAAUGCAGAGCCGGAUAUCGUCAUUAUGCUGGUCAUAUGGAAAGAAAAAGCUGUGCUGCCUGCUUUCAUGACAGUCUGCUUGAUCGCUUGCAUGUAGGUCGUGUCCUUUCAGACAGUAAAGGGAGGUAGAAGUAGAAGUUGUAGGUCGUGAAAAUUCAUUCAAGGACCAGGUAGGUGAACAUUUUCAUCAAGCAACGAUGCGCUAUGCACGGGUUUUUCAGUUUCAUACGUUGGCAACAAAGUCGAUUUAGUUGAAAAGGACCCGAGCUGUCGACAGGUUUGAUUGGAUUUUUCUGUCAUGCGGCAUGAAUGUUGAUGUUUCGGAAAAAUAGUGGUCUCCGUAGUGGUGUUUCGUCAUGCACCAGGUUUUAGUCGCAGGUGCAGAAUAAAAAUAAACUCACAUUGAUCUUCUUUUAAAGGUCUUCUACGACAGUGCGGCGGAGUGGGCACGGCAGCACGACUUACUCUUCGCAGAAGCGAGCUCCGUUUCCAAUUACAACGUGAAACACGUUUUCGAGCAGCUCUUGCAGGAGAUUUAUAACCGCCAGAGCAGAAGAAGCUCGCUCGCAGAUUUCGAGUCCAAAGGGCCGGGCAUUUCUCUGGGGAUCGCGCCCUCGCAGCAAAACCAGCUCGCACAAUGCUGUGGCCAGACGUGACAUAGGAUUUUCAUGUUUAUUUGAGGUUUAGCGGCUUUUCAGUUUUACGCGGAGCGCCUUCUGGAAUAAGAUGUUAGUUUUAUUGCGCAGAGGAAGUGCUUCAAGGCACUGACUAUUGAACUGGACAACUCCAUGAAAUUUCAAUUUGUAUUUGACAAAGUUCAAAACAUUUUCACGCACGGUACCUCGCAGUACUAUGGAGUAGCUACGCCACUCGGUAGUUACUCCGCGAGGCUUAGUCAAAGUUUAGCUUUACUCUUCUCGCCUUUCUCUGAUCCGAGAAAGAUCUUUUCAACCGUCC